AUGAAGAGAACAAGAAAACGUUCUUGGAAGAAAACUGAGGACAGUCAGAAAACUCCUGACGAAUUAAUACAAAAGUAUAGAAAACUCAAUAACGGCUCAAAACAGCAGAUAUCUCUUGGACAUUCCAGCAGAAAGAGAAGCAGAAGCUGCAAUGAGCAGGAUAUUGAGAGAGGGAGAGAACCCAAGAGACGGUUCAUUGCUGAGGAACGUAGCAGAGAUCAGGGCCUAAAACGAUACAGGACCUCCAGUCAUGAUCAGGAGGAGCAGGUCAUACAGAAAAGAGCAAAGCUCUCCUCAUCUGCCAAACUGGGUCAGAAAAGUGAGAGAAAGUCUGCUGGAAAGAACGGUCAGACAUCUCCACCCAGAAAGCAAGCCCUGAAACGAAGCAGGGAAUACGAUCGAGGGGAGCAGCUCAUGCGGAAAAGACCAAAGCUCUCCUCAUCUGCCAAACUGGAUCAGAAAAGUGAGCGAAAGAAAGAGGAAGCAAAUGAGCCAACGAGUGACAAUGAAUGUGGUACAGGUAAGAUGAACAUACAAGUUUUAAAUAGACUGGUCAAUUUAAAAUAUGAGAGAUUUUGCUCUCAAUUGACCACUUGCUGUACGCAUUCACUCUCUAUUUAAUUAAUAUUUCCACACUUCAACUACCUUAAAGAGAAACUAUAGUGCCAGGAAAACAAAAGUUGUUUUUCGGGCACUAUAGCUCCCUAUAGUGACUCCCUCCUUCGUUAAAAAUCCUUUCUGUCACUUACCUGAUUCCAGCGCUGACGUACCUCGGGGCAGUUUCAGGCUCCGCCUCCACUCCUCACCUGCUGUCGUCAGCUGGUGUGGGAGACCUUAUGCCCAUGCGUGGCAAUGACUGAAGCGGUCAUUGCCACGAUGCCAAGAGUGUCCCUUUAAGUGUUCAGGAGAUGAUUUAAACUAGAAAGUAAUGGCAUAGACCAAUAUUUCAAAACCUUUGAUACAUCUAGAAUAUUUAUUCAUACAUUCUGAAAUAGCCGACAGUAUUCAUGGGGAAUAGACUGCAAGCUGUAAUAUAUUUUUAAUCAAUUUUUCCAGAACAAUUACAAACCAUAUUACUGUUUCAUAUAACUGGGUGGGAUGGGAAGAUUUGUAAAGCGGUUCUGGGGUAAUUAAACGUGUUCCUGUGUUUAUGAUGAAAUGGAGAAUAAUUAUUAUUUGUGUUAAACCUUUAAGGAGAAAGUAGACAGUCUGUGGUAGAACCAAAAAAGCCACUACCUCUGACAAUCUCCGGUUACCGAUUCCACAAAGUGCUGGGACAAGGGGGCUUCGGAAAGGUGAGUCUACGAGCAAUGUAUACAUCUUAUUUAAUACAUCUAUUGAUCUAGUGGAGAACAAUUACAACUUCUCAUGCUCAUCAUUGUAUUUCUAAAACAAUUCACUGGGAUUUAAUUUAUUAUUAAUCUUUGUCAUGCGUAUGGUAUACGAAUGUGGAAAAUAUAAUAACACAGAAUUGCCGACAUAGGCCUCGAUUUAAUAUGGUUGAAUAAGCUUUUCAAAUGAUCUCAAUGUCAGCGAAAAACUUUUUUAAAAUAAUUUUUCUACAGACGUCACCAUUACAGUUUGUAGGAAAUUUUUGUAGACAAUUUAUAAAUAUUUUUCUAGCAGAUUGUGAUCAUUUGAUUAUCAAAGUUUAUCCAAAAAUAUUAAAUUGAGCUCUGUUAGGUUACCCUGCAAAUACAUCCCAGGUGGUGUUGAAACGAUGCUAGAAAGUGAUAUUGGAAAUGUGUGUCCACUAUUUAAAUGAAGAUUUAAAUGAAAAAGUAGCUGAAAUUCCUACCUUCUUUUGCGAGAUUGUUGCUGAUAUAAGGUUUUUGAUUCUCUCUCUCUGUGAUGCUCAGGUGAUGCUUGCUUCCACCAAGGAAUGUCCCACCAAGUAUGUCGCUAUUAAACAAAUAGACAAAGAUAGAGUUGAGGAAAAGGAGAUUCAGAAAGAGAAGCGGAUACUGCAAAUGGCGAGCGGCAUUCCCUUCCUAUGUCAGGGACUCGCUGCCUUCCAGUCCCAGGUAUGAAACUCUGUGUCCAUAAUGUUUUCUUAUUUCUAUAUGGCUGAUUGUGUUCUGUUAUCAUUAUUGCAGUAUAUAUUUACUGGAUAUUUGUUGUCUCUCUUUUGAAAUAGGAGCACGCCUAUCUAGUCAUGGAGUACGUACCAGGGGGUACUCUCAAAUCCUACAUGACUGGGAGGGAAAGUCUGCCCCUGGCUCAAGCAAGGUGAGUCAUCAAAAGCUCUAGCAGGAGGGGGUGAAAUGUAAGAGGCGAUGGAGGUACCCCCAUAUUUACAUAUACCCUCUAUAAUACUGCUAUCCAUAGAGAUCGAUUAGGGGAAAACACUGGACUAAUACUAAUGUACUAAACCAGAAUUCCCACUUCAAUAUCAGCCAGACAAUGGGCAAUACAAGAAACCCAGGUCCUGCAGCAGAAUACGUUCUGUAUGGACUGACGGUAGAUCAAGAGCCGCUAUGGGUCAGUUGACCUGCUGCAACCAUAA